AUGCUUCGCAACGCCAUCGUUCGCGCCUCCCGGCAGUCGGCCGUCGCCCUCGGCUCCCGCCGUGCCGCCUCAACUCAGGCCCUGUCCAACCCUACUCUGGCCAACAUCGAGAAGAGAUGGGAGGCCAUGCCCAUGCAGGAGCAGGCCGAGCUCUGGAUGGCCCUGCGUGACCGUAUGAAGGGCAACUGGGCUGACCUGACUCUCCAAGAGAAGAAGGCCGCCUACUGGAUCGCUUUCGGCCCCCACGGCCCCCGUGCCCUCCCUCCUCCGGAUGAGAACAAGAAGGUCUUCCUCGGCACUGUGGCCGGCCUCGUUGCUAGCGCCAUCCUCUUCGCUGUCGUGCGCUCGUUCGCCAACCCGGCGCCCAAGACCAUGACUCAGGAGUGGCAGGAGAAGACCAACGAGUUCCUCAUUGCCCAGAAGUCCGACCCUCUCUCGGGUAUCUCGUCAGAAGGUUACACCGGCAAGGGCCACAUCCAGUCUGCUCCUGCGCGGAAGUAG